AUGAAGAUCAAGACAAGACGAGUGGCUCUGUUGGCUAUCCUGCUCUUAACUCAAGAGCAGGAGGAACAGGAACAGGAACCGGAACCAGAGCAGGAAGAAGAGCAAGAGGAGACGGAUAUUCAAGAAGAGGAGUCCAUCGAGACUUGGACAGGAAGGGCCUGCACGUGUGACUGCGAGGGGGGCUCCCCGUCCGGGAUCCCCACCUUCGCACCCAUCACCACAGUGGCUCCGCCCCUACCCUCCCGUUACUUCCUGGAAUGCAUGCCAGAGUGUCCCUACCAUCAAGCCCUUGGCUUCGAGUCCGGCGCCGUGACUUCCGAUCAAAUCAGCUGCAGCAAGCAAGAGCAGUACAUCGGCUGGUUCUCUUCCUGGACUCCUGAAAAGGCUCGUCUCAACAGCCAAGGCUAUGGGUGUGCGUGGCUUUCAAAGUACCAGGACACCAACCAAUGGCUCCAGAUUGACCUAAAGGAAGUGGGCGUGAUUUCUGGCAUCCUGACCCAGGGCCGCUGUGAUGCGGACGAGUGGAUAACCAAGUACAGCGUCCAGUACCGCACAGAUGAGAACCUUAACUGGAUCUACUACAAGGACACGACAGGGAACAACAGGGUGUUCUAUGGGAACGCAGACAGGUCCUCGAUGGUGCAGAACUUCCUGCGUCCACCAAUCGUAGCGCGCUACAUCCGCCUGCUGCCCCUGGGCUGGCACACGCGCAUCGCCAUCCGCAUGGAGCUGCUCAUGUGCCUCAACAAGUGCGCUUGA